GUGCCUCCCCUGACUAAACAGUGCACACACACGCACCCACCCUGUUGAUCUAUCAAAGGAGAGAGCGAGGGUAAUCCCCCAGUAAGCUAUCCUUAGCCAUCUUUACAGAAGAGAGAGAGUAAGAGGAACUGGAAGGAAGAAAGGUGAUUGCAAGACAUCAACAUUGAGUCGUUUGAUGUCUGACACUGCUGCAGUUUGCAGUUCCUUUGUCUACAAGAAACUUAACAGUGCCUUCUUGGAUGAUUGUGUGACUUUCUUCAUUUUGGGGAGAAGAUGGUGGGUCUGACUUCAUCUACAGAACUUGUUACCGCGAUGGAUCAUUUAGUGACUGAGCUAAAUGAGCUGCUCAAGCUUCUGGACCAAGAGACCUUGACCUUCGCUACAGAGGAGAAGAAAUGUGCAGUGAGGAACAUCCUAAAGCAGCUAAAGCCUUCAGUAACUGGACCAGAAUACAUGUAUAUGAACACCUCUGUCUGCAGAAAUGGCACUAGCUUUGUGGAAGCCCUGUUUGAGAACUUUGACUGUAACCUCAGUCAGCUUAAAUCUGAAGUAGAAGAACAGAAAAGAGACCCAAGUCAAACAACCCAGGCUGCAUUAAAAUCUACUGCACCAGAUUCAGCACCUCCGAUCCCCAACACCCCACCUCCAGAGGACUACUAUGAGGAAGCUGUGCCACUCAGCCCUGGUACUUUGCCAGAAUACAUAACCAGCCGCAGUAGCUCCAGUCCUCCUAACUCCAUUGAGGAUGGAUACUAUGAAGACACCAACAACAACGUGAACAGGCAUCGCAAAAACUCAUAUAAUGAUUCAGAUGCUUUGAGCAGUUCCUAUGAGUCAUAUGAUGAGGAAGAAGAGGAGAGGGGUCAGCGUUUAACCCAUAAGUGGCCCUCAGAGGAGAACUCCAUGGGCCCAGUGAGGGAUUGCCGUAUCUGUGCCUUCCUGCUAAAGAAGAAGCGGUUUGGUCAGUGGGCCAAACAACUCGCAGUCAUCCGUGAGAACAGACUUCAGUGCUACAAAAGCUCCAAAGACCAGUCCCCCUACAUUGACCUGCCGCUUGAUCUCUGUAAUGUCAUAUACGUGCCAAAGGAUGGACGAAAAAAGAAAAAGCAUGAGCUUCGCUUCUCUCUGCCAGGUGGAGAGGCUCUGGUGUUGGCAGUUCAGAGCAAAGAACAGGCAGAUAAAUGGUUACGGGUGGUGCGUGAAGUAAUCAGUUUGGGGAAUGCGUUGGACAUCUCAGCAUCUCCCAUGAUUCCCCCAAAAAAAGAAAAAGAGACGGAAAAAGACUUGAACAAGCGGUUGUCUGGGGAGAAACAUGCAUCAGAUUCAGAUAGCAUGCCUAGUGGAGAAAGUAAUCGAGAGAAUGGUAAGCCCAAGAGGGUUGCUCUGUCGGAAUUAACAGGCACGAUGAGCAGAGCAGCAGGGCGCAAGAUCACUAGGAUGAUUAGCUUUUCCAAAAAGAAGCCACCAUUACCCGGAGAUACACGAAUACCAUCAAUUGAUGUGGACCCUCGUUGUGGCUAUCUGAGUGUAUUGGUUAACCAGUGCUGGAAGGAGCGGUGGUGCCACGUGAGAUGUGGCUCACUCCACCUUCACCAUGAGAAAGUAGAUGGAUGGUGGAUCCCACAAACCUCCAUUGUCCUACGUGACUGUGAAGUGGUGCCAGGCCUUGGACCCAAGCACCCCUUCGCCCUCAGAAUACUAAGAGGUGGCACUGAGGUGGCAGCAUUAGAGGCAAGCUGCUCUGAAGAAAUGGGGCGUUGGCUUGGAGUGCUAUUGGCAGAGACUGGUUCUUCUGCUGAUCCUGAGUGCUUGCACUAUGACUACGUGGAUGUGGAAACUAUCGCCAAUAUUCGCACAGCUGCCCGUCAUUCUUUUCUAUGGGCUACCUCCACAGAGUCAAGGACUUAUGAUGAAGUUCCUUAUGAGGAAAGUAAGCAGGAAAAUAAGAGGCUAAAGAAUGGGUAUUUAGUAACGAACCGGUCUGCUAGCAGUAACAGAAGUGUGGCCAAGUCUCAGAUCACCAUUAAUCGCCACAACUCCAACGCAAAUCAGUAUGGAAAGUAUGGGAAAACAAGGGCUGAAGAGGAUGCACGCCGCUAUCUGAAGGAGAAAGAGGAGCUGGAGAGAGAGAAAGACAAUAUCAGGAAUGCACUGGUGUUGCUGCGAAAGGAAAAACGAGACGCCAAAGAAAGAAUGAAGGUGGCAACAGCUAAUCAACGGCUGGCACUUGGAGAGUAUUUGGUCCAGCUGGAGGAAAGCUGCCAGACAAAAGAAAGUGAACGUGUGGACCUGGAGAUUAAACUCAGUCAAGUUAAAGAAAAUCUGAAAAAAUCUCUGGCAGGAGGAGCUUUAGGGUCACCUGUAGAGACCAAACCAUUAGGCAAGAAGACUUCAAGAACUGAGGUACCAUACAUUGAGUCAUUAGUUCCAGUCAACCGUGCCUCUGAAAUACGAAAGCGCCCUCCAUCCAUCUGUGUAUCUACAAAGGGAAACGUUAUGCAGAGAGCCAAGGAAUGGGAAUCUAAAAAAGGAAAGUGCUGAAGAUGUCCUGGAAUGUGUGUGUCUGUUCCUGUGCAUACUCGUGUGAACACAAGAUCCUGUGGUCAUCAGUCAUGUAAACAUAAAACUGCACAUUUAUAAGCGCAGUACUUGUUUCUGUACUACUGACAAAUAUGUAUGGGAUCACAUCAGAGGAAUUGAUCGCUCUUUUGCAGGGUGGGAGGAGUGGGGGGGGAAGCACAAGGUACAUGUUCCAAAUGUCUUAUAAAUGCUUUAAAUCAGGGAAAACCAUCAUAUAUAUUGAGUCCUAGGGUAGAUGCAAAUAACCAAAAAUACUUUUUCCACUUAUUUUUUACAAUGUCUUGUACCCAAUUUAAACACCAACAAAUUAAACAAUAAGAUUUAAGAUUUUAUAUGCAAUAAACACUGAUCAGACAUUUUAUAUGUAUAAAUUAUAGAGAAAGUAAAGAGUUGGUUCUCAAAAUUCAUGAUAAUUUUGCAGCAUAAUAUAGGUAUCGAUAUAAAUAAGAGAAAGGACAAAUUUUGAUAACUUGACUGGAUUAGCGGAUCUUCUAAAUGUCAGGUCUUAUGGGGUGUUCUUGGCAUGCAGUGGUUAGUAAAGUGGUCUAAGGAAGGCCACCUGGUGACAUUGUCAACGGUGCUCAAGGUUCACCGUUGUGACAUUAAAGGCUAUAGCUCAUCUUGUACAAUGCCACAUAA